AUGUUGUUCUUCAACUUACUUCAAUAUACCCUCCUUCUGAUAAUUCCAAUGGUCCAAAGUUACCCACUUGUUAUUAAAAAGAGAGACGAAACAAUUAACAGUGUUGUUGUCGAGACUAGUGUCGUGACCGUAGAUGGUAAUACUUAUACUACCAAGAUUACUUCCACUAGUACAAUCACAGUUACCGCUCCAGACAGAACCGUGUACGUCACUUUAGAUGAAGACGAGCCAACGAAUGCUCCGGCUUCCAGUGUCAAUGUUCAGACAACAUCAACUAGUCCUGCUCAAACUUCAGGAGCACAGGCAUCCACUCCAAUCACCACUUCCAUAGCUGCACAGACGAGUCAAGUAGUUCUAUCCUCUAGUCGAGCAAGUCCAACCUCGAGCCAGUCAAGUUCUUCGUCUACAAGUUCUCCAACUAAAACGACGCAAGUCUCAUCGACUAGCAGUUCUGAGGGUACCCCUUAUUUUACGGCCACAGACGAUGGUACUUGCUACAUCUACUAUGCUGAAGAUGAUGAGACGGCCACCUAUUCAGAUGACGCACCGUACACAACUUCCACUGUUUAUCAGGUGGUAGCAACGGUGACGUUGACAAAGUGA